AGAAGUUGGGUUACGAUAAAGAUUUCAUAAGGGGGUAGGUAGUUCAAGAACUCCGGCGAGGGUUUUCAAAAAUUCCCUUAUAUUUUUCUGCUUUUUUAUUUCCUUAUCGUGAAACCCACUAAUUUUUUCUUCUUCUUUUUCAUAAAGUUCAAAUCUUUGAUCUGUAAUUUUGCCAAUUUUUGAGAAAACGAAAGAGUCCCUUUUGGGUAAUUUUCCAAAUGUCUACUCCGCCGAGAAAGAUUUUCUCCGGCUGGACUUUGACACCAAGAACCGAUCCGGCAAAUAGGGCAGUUUCAAAGGGUAAAGAUGUUGGCUUUAUGGGUUCUGCACAAAAGGGUGUUUUCUUAAGCCAAGAUUGUGAUGAUACUAUGGACAAACAACUGAUUCUUGAGAAGCUCUCAAAUCUUGAAAAUGAGCUCUUGGACUAUCAAUACAAUAUGGGCCUUCUCUUGAUUGAGAAAAAGGAGUGGUCUUCUAAGUAUGAAGAAAUUAAGCAAGCCUUAGAUAAAGCAAAGGAGGAUUAUAGAAGAGAACAAAACACUUACUCAAUUACUCUAUCUGAAGUGGAGAAACGGGAGGAGAAUUUGAGGAAUGCAUUGGGUGUUGAGAAGCAAUGUGUGCUUGAGCUAGAGAAGGAAUUGCGUGAGAUGCGAUCGGAGUAUGCAGAGACUAAAUAUACAGCUGAUUCAAAAUUAAAAGAGGCAACUGCAUUGGCUACUAGUGUUGAAGAGAAUUCACUACAACUAGAAUUGAAAUUGCGUGCAGCUGAUGCCAAGAUCGCUGAGGUGAACAGAAAAAGUUCAGAAGUUGAGAGAAAACUAUGUGAUAUUGAGGCUCAAGAAAAUGCACUUAGAAGAGAACGGUCCUCUUUCAAUACCGAGCGUGAAGCUCAUGAGAGUGCUCUAUCUAAACAAAGAGAAGAGUUGCGAGAAUGGGAAAGAAAACUAAAGGAAGGAGAGGAGAGGCUGGCUGAUGCUCGAACAUUGCUAAACCAAAGAGAGCAACGAGCAAAUGAGAAUGAUAGCGUUUUGAUGCAGAAGCAGAAUGACCUUGAAAAUGAGUCGAGGAAAAUUGACAUAGCUAACUCAGUUUUGAGGAAGAAAGAAGAUGAUAUGAGCAGCCGACUAACUAGCGUUGCUCAUAAGGAGAAGGAACUUGAGGAUGUGAAAAAGAGCCUGGAGAUAAAAGAGAAAGAAUUAGAUGAACUACAGGAAAAGCUAAAUGCAAAAGAGAGAGAGGAGAUACAAAAGUUAAUGGAUGAACACCGAGCUAUCCUGCAAUCAAAAGAAGAGGAGUUUGAAUUGGAAAUGAGGCAGAGGCGGACAUCACUGGACGAGGAACUGAAAAGCAAGGUGAUUGAACUGGAGAAGAAGGAAGCUGAAGUUAAUCACAUUGAAGAGAAACUCAAAAAACGAGAACAGGCACUUGAAAAGAGAAAUGACAAAAUGAAAGAGAAGGAGAAGGAUCUUGAAUUGAAGCUGAAAGCAUUGAAGGGAAGAGAGAAGUCUCUGAAAACUGAUGAGAAAGAAUUGGAAACUGAAAAGAAGCAGAUAUUUACUGAAAAGGAGAGUUUACUGGCUUUAAAGGCUGAGCUUGAGAAUGAAAGAGCUGAACUUGAAAAACAACAGAUCAAGAUCAAUGAGGACAUGGAACAGCUUAAAGUAACAGAAGAUGAGAAAAUGGAACAUGCUCGCCUUCUUUCAGAACUGAAGCAGGAGACAGACAAUUGUAGACUUUUACGAGAAACUCUUCUGAAGGAAGCUGAGGAUUUAAAGCAGGAAAAAGAGAGAUUUGAGAAAGAAUGGGAAGAGCUGGAUGAGAAAAGAUCUAUGAUCGAGAAGGAGUUGAAGGAAGUUAAUGAAUUGAAAAGGAAUUUUGAAAAACUGCAGCACACUGAGGAGGAAAGGUUGAACAAGGAGAAGCUGGAAACAGAAAAUUAUGUUCAGAGAGAGUUGGAAGCCCUUAAAGUGGCACAAGAGACAUUUGCGGCAACUAUGGAUCAUGAGAGGUCAGUAUUAGCUGAGAAAACUCAAAGUGAGAAAAUGCAAAUGCUUCAUGAUUUUGAAAGACAAAAACGAGAACUUGAGAGUGAAAUGCUGCGGAAGCAGGAGGAAAUGGAGUCCGCGCUGCAUGAGCGGGAGAAACUCUUUGAGGAAGAGAGGCAGAGGGAACUCAGCAAUGUUAACUAUUUAAGGGAAGUUGCCCGUAAGGAAAUGGAAGAGAUGAAGUCAGAAAGAGUUCGGCUGGAAAAAGAAAAAAAGGAAAUUUCUGCAAACAAGAUGCAUCUCGAAGAACAACAGUUAGAGAUGAAAAAAGAUAUCGAUGUGCUCGAUGGUUUAAGCAGGAAGUUGAAGGAUCAAAGGGCAGCUUUUGCAAAGGAAAGAGAGAGGUUCAUUGCUUUUGUCAAAAAUCUGGGGAGUUGCAGCUCAUGUGGAGAGGGAAUUCGGCUAUUUGAGCUUUCUGGCCUUCAAGCUCUACAUGAUGUGGAGAAUUUCGAGGCCCCUCCCUUGCGAAGUGUGGCACAGGAAUAUCUAAAGGAUGGUCUCCAGGGCUCACCUGGAAGUGCUAACAACGAGUUGUCCCCUGGUGUUCUUAAUUCAGGAUCUACUGCUUCUGCUGGAACCAUGUCCUGGCUUCGAAAAUGUACAUCAAAGCUUCUCAUAUUCUCACCAGGUAAGAAGAUUGAGCAUCCUGCAUCUCAAGGUCUCAUUGGUGGAUCUUCUCUGGCAGAGAAAUCGGUUGGUGAAUUACCUGAUGGACUAUCGAAAAACGAUGAUCAACCAGAUCUGGCUGUUUCCAUCAAUGACACGUGUGAUGACCAGAGACAUCAAAGUGAUAACAGCAUUAGAGAGGUGGAAGCUGGCCAUGAUAUUCGCGAAGACUCUCAGCAUUCCGACGUGAAUGCUGGCCAGCGCAGACCUGUCAGGAAAGGGCGUGGUAAAAAUACUAAGACAGGUUCAACAAAGGCAAAAGCUGCAAGUGCAAAAGCAAUCCUUGGAAAAAAUCUUAAGGAGACUGAGAAUACGCACGUGAAUGGAGGUUUGGAGAGCUCAAUUAAUAUAAAUGACGAGAGCCAGAAAGAAUCUAGUCUUUUGGGUGGAGCGCCAAGUAACACCAGAAAGCGUACUCGCACCCAUACAUCACAGGGAACGGCAAGUGAAUUUGAUGGAAAUCAUAGUGAUGGACAGUCAGAUAGUGUGACGGCUGGCGGUCGGAGGAAGAGGAGACAAAGGGCUGCCCCGUCUGUGCAGGUUCUUGGUGAAAGAAGAUAUAAUCUCCGCCGUCCCAAAAGUGUGGCUGCAGCUACGGCUAAUGGAUCUUUGCCAGAGCUGGUCUCAAAAUCUCAGGAAGAAAAUUGGGAUUCCAAUGCUGCGCCAGCAGCUCCUGCAGAGGUCAGCAGUGGAGAUAAUGGAGAACUCAGAAACUCGGGUGCGGGUCUUCCCACUGUAGCCGAUAGCCCUUUGAAGGGUGCAGCAGACAGUGCUGAUAUAGCUAACGAAUUGGUAGAUGAUACGGGAUUGAGUGAAGAAGUGAAUGGAACACCAGAAGGGCCGUCAGGUUACAGUGUAUACGAUGAGGAACACAAAGGUGAACAGGAUGAGGAUGAUGAUGGUAAGAACGAAGAAGAUAACGAGGGCAACGAGGAGGAAGAGGUUCAACAUCCCGGUGAAGUCUCUAUAGGGAAGAAGAUUUGGACUUUCAUCACCACAUAGUGAAGGCCAAAAUGACAGUGCCGCUUUGGUUGCAUGCUUGAGGGAAUUUUUCUAGGCAUAUUGACAACUAUUCCAUUUGUUUUGCUACUUUUAGUAUAGUUUCAUGCUUUUAGAGUUUGUCUAGUGGUGUGUGUAUUCUUCUGGAAAUGAAGUUAAAACAGAAGUCGGUUCAGAUCGGGAUUGUUGUGGUAGGCUUUUAAUGCAUGUGAUUAGGAUGUCAGGUGCUUGCAUAUUGUUUAACAAUCGUAGUGUCCAUAAUAUCGUGGUAUCACGACUUAACCAUUGUAACACUAGACUUCCGGUACUUAAUGUUAUUGAAACAUUGCUAAAAUGA